CUCUUACUUUUAAAUUGGGGGUGAGAGACAGCCUCAGCCUCCACUUCUAGCAAACCCCAAGAAAAUUAUAGUUUGUUUUGAUCAAAAACAUGGAUCAUUAGCUUGUAAAUAUAUCAUUUUGUUUUCUCUACAGAGUGUACAAAACAACAAAGAAACAGGCGGAAGAUAUAUAGAAAUUCGGGGGGAGUUUGCGAAGCCAUAAUUACAAAUCAUAUUAAUCAUCCGAACCAAACAUGGGUCACCAUUCUUGCUGCAAUCAACAGAAGGUUAAGAGAGGGCUUUGGUCCCCUGAGGAAGACGAAAAGCUCAUUCGAUACAUCACCACUCAUGGGUAUGGGUGUUGGAGUGAAGUCCCUGAGAAAGCUGGUCUUCAAAGAUGUGGCAAAAGUUGUCGCUUGAGAUGGAUUAAUUAUUUGAGGCCUGAUAUCAGAAGAGGGAGAUUUACUCCUGAGGAAGAGAAGUUGAUUAUUAGCCUUCAUGGGGUUGUAGGGAACAGAUGGGCUCACAUUGCAAGUCACUUGCCUGGAAGGACGGACAAUGAGAUAAAGAACUACUGGAACUCAUGGAUCAAGAAGAAGAUAAGAAAGCCUUCAGCACCUCCAACAAGCACUGCUCCUCCACCAAGUACUACUGAGCAUUCUCAGAUAAAUUAUGGUUCAAACCAACUAGAGUUAGUAAAUCAGGAGUUGAUGACAAGAGCAAUUCCUAAUCAUCAAGAAACCCUAUUUUCUUCUCCAGCCCCAUUAUUUAUAUUCGACACAACUCCACUUGACGGGGCUCAGGUUCAUCAACACGGUAAUAAUGUAAGAGGAGAGCUUUUCCAUGAACCGGCUAAUUUAAACACGGAGAGUAGUUGGAACCUAAAUCAGCAUCAAGUGCAAGCAUUUCCUCCUUCAAAUUCUUUCACAGUGGGUAUGGAUACAAACAAUUACUUGCCACCAUUGGUAGAGAACAUGGAAAACAUGGUGGUGCCGGUUGAAGUCCAAUCAUGUAGCAUUGAAGAGGAAGGAGAAAUGACACUUGAGUGCUUGCAGAGGCAGCAGCAGGAGUUGAAUGAAUGGGUUGAAUCUCAGCAAUGUUCAAACUUUCUGUUCUGGGAUACUCUUGAAGGACAACUCGGCGGGGAAGCCUUGCCACCAACUUCAUCAAAUAUGGGAACUACACUAUCUUCAUUCCCCACAUCUUUAUAAAUUAUUAGAAACCUGUCACCCCCCUCCCCCUCCCCCACCCCACCUUUGCUUUCUUUGUCUUUGAUUCUCUGCUGAGUAUAGCUUUCUAAAUGUUCCAGCCUCCCCCCCGCCCCCCGCCCCCCCCCCCCAAAAAAAAAAAGUUUGCUUUUCUUUCCUUUUCCUUUCUGCUUUCCUUUUUGUAACUUUAUUUGGUGAUGAGCUUGUGAAAAUGUGAGGGACUGCUACAUACUUAAGUAUGCAUGACUUUUUUUUUUUUUUUUCUUAUUUCCUCCUUGGUGUUUGAAAACAGAAAAGGGAAGAAUAAAAAGCAAUGUAACAGCCAAAAAAAGAAAUGGUUUGAUGCUACUGAGAUAACUCUAAUUGCUUUUUAAUGCAAUUUCACCAUUUUUGUCAUUCUUUUCAA